AUGGGGGAGACGGGGAUGGAGUGUGUGGAGGAGGAGGAGGGCGUGUGGCAGUUGAAGGAUGGGCCGGCGAGUUGUGUGCAGCGUACCCAGCGUGUGCCCAGUGAGCCCAGCAUGGAGCGAGGCCAGGAGGCGUGGGAGCGGUACUGUACCGUACCUGGGCCCGGAGCAGCGCAACGGUUGGGCAACCGGCUGUUGUGGGCUGUGGACUGUGGGCUGGCCACCAGUGUGGGCAAUGGCCAGUGGGCGGAGGUAGCGCGCAAGCCAGCAUCUCAGCAGCCAGCCAGCGAACGGCAGCCAGCGGGCUUGUCCAGGGAAGGUAAGGGAAGUCCAGGGCAGGGCAGGGCAGGGCCGCCCACUGCACGGAGUACUUCGGGCUCAUCUAAACGGACUGCUCUACCACCGCCGCGGCCUGGUGACCACCCGACACCUCCUCUGUGCACGCACAACACAGUGCCGCCACUACCUCCAGCCAGCUCGUACCAGCCAGCCAGUAUUCGGACAGCGGGUACUCCGUGCCUCUCUCGCUCCCCCUCGCUCCUACGCCCAGCCGUCCUCCGUCCAGCACAGUCGCAGUACUACUGCACCACCAUGGAGCCCACACCACCGAGGAGCCCACCAAGUCCACCGCUCCACCACCUCAGUCCAGUCAGGCAAGGUGUUCAGGCGCAGGGCCCCAGCAGGGCAUGCCGGCCGCCCCCUAGGCAGUACAGACGGGGCUGCUCUCAAUCAAGCCUGGGUUGGAGUGAUGGCCCCAUGGCUGCUUGCCAGCUUGCUCUCUUGUCCGUUGCCGAAGUUUGGUUCUGGCUGCACUUCCAUGUGUGGCUACGAAUACGUAUCUAUCCUACACACGAAGUAUGGAGUACGCGCACACCAGUCAGUACUCCAGUACUCCAGUACUCCGUACCAUACCUCGUAUUCCGAGCGGAUAGGAUCGGCAGACGAGCCAGCACAACCCGCCAGGUGAGCAAACCGGGCACCUUUGUCUCUGGUGUCCUGAAUGCCGUGGUUCAUUUACAUUCCGCGAGCAAGCCGACAGUCCCAUGUGUUUACCCAUUUCCCAGUGAACAAACCCUGGCCGUGCUCUCCGGCGGUACGUACAGGUACCCUUGGCCCAGCCCGACCUCGAGGUACCCGACUGUCGGCUGUCCGGGGGUCGGGUGGUUCAUGUGCUCUAGCCACUCAGAUGGCUCAGCUGAUGGCAUCUUCGGGCCUGGGGGCAGGCCGGCCUGGGGUCCUCGGGGCGAAGGCGAGGGGUGCUCCACCGACCUUCGACAUGGGAGUGGGAACCAGGCUGGGACGAGACUCAACCGUCCCUCUGUCCACUCAGCGAUCGGGCUGUAGCAUCCAGACUCCUCCUCUGUGCAGAACUCCAUGCUGUGUAUGUCCCGCGACGGGCGUAUCUUGGACGGCUUAUUCGAGUCUGGAUGUCGGUCGGAUCCACGGGGCCCUUCUUUCUCU